AUUGCCGCGCUCCGCCCCCCUCGGCCAGCACUCCGCCGCCGCCGCCGUCGAGUGCCCAUCGCCCCACCGUACGUCUCGCCUCCCCCGGUGCCCAUCCCCGCGGUCCUGUAUCCACAUCCCGGCGUCGCGAUGUUACCCGGUCGGACCGUACGGAAAGCGACGCCCCCCGCCGCUCCAGCAGAGCGGGAGGUGGUGGCGGAGUGCGCCCUGCAGCUGCGCAGGAUCGGCGACAAGUGGGACCUGCGGCAGAAGAUCCUGAACCUCCUGACAAAGCUCUUCUGCCCGGAGACGUGAGCCCCCCCCCCCCACC